AAGAUGAGUGCAGCAAAAUUGGACAUUCUGUGCAUAAAGAGGCAGUUAGAGUGCUUUUGAGAAAGAGAAAAGAGGUAGGAAAAGAAAAAGGGAGUCAAGCCAAUUGGCAUCAUUUGAGUUAUUCAGCUCAACUCUAAAAAGCUGCCUGGACUCAAAAACCACAGAAGGGCCUCUCGUGCUGUCAACAACUGCAGUGCGGAUGGUCUGCAAGAGGAGUCCAAAAGUAUUAGGAUUUAUCGCAGGGACUCUGUAAUCCUUCCUGGCUCGAUGCAGCAUUAAAUGUCACUUCAAUCCAGCAUUAAAAGGUAGGGCUACUACAAUGGGCCUACAGGAUGGAGAAUGAAAUUAACUUCUACAAACAUUUUGCUUGGCUUAGAAAGGUAAACCACCAGUCAUCAGACAACAGUGAGUCCUACCAGGAGCGUUUAUCACGUCUGGAGGGAGACAAAGAAUCUCUCAUUCUGCAGGUGGGUGUGCUGACAGACCAGGUGGAGGCUCAAGAGGUAAAAAUCACCGACCUGCAGAGUUCGGUAGUGGAACAUCGACUUAAACUCAACGCCACUGAGGAGAUGCUACAACAGGAACUUGUGCAUAGGGCGUCACUGGAGAAGCAGAAGCUGAGUCUCAUGGGGGAGGUGUCCUACCUGAAACUGAAGCUCGCAGACAUGGAGGAGAAACAAGGCCAUGGGACAGAGAGGCAGCACAAAGCAGAGAGCGUUGUCAAUUUCAUUAGUGAGCUGCAGGAGCAGAUGUGUAGGUUUCAGAAGGAGAUCAAUAGCAAGAUCCAGGAGAAAAAAGCCUCUGAGAAUCCAGCUGACAGCGACUCACCAGCGCCAUGCCCCGCCCCCUCCGCAUCCCCUGAGGACUCUCACGCCAACCACUCAUGUAUCACAGCUACAGAGGUGAAGACCAAACUAGAAGAGGAGGAGGAAGAGGCUGCAGAGGGGCCCGAUGAGAGUAGCACAGAUGCAGAGCAGCUGCGAUUCGAUGGAGAUGAGAGUGCUUUGCUAAGGGAGCUCAAGAGUCUCAAGGACAAGGUUGAACGCUUGCAAGAUGAGAAGUUAGAAUAUGAGAAAAGACUGAAAGCCACCAAGGUGGAAAUCAGUAGCCUUCAGCAGCUCCUCCUCAGUAAGGAUGCUGAGAUUGAGAGCCUGCACAAUCAGCUGCUGGCAAGACCUCCACUUUCCACUGAGAGCUCUGAGAGAGAUCAGGAGCUGCAAAGGCUUAAGAGUGCCAUUAAAUCCUUGGAGGCAGCUAAUGAUGAAAAGGACCGGCGUCUUGAAGAGCUCACUCUGCUGUUAAACCAGUGCAGGCAGUUCAGAGAUCUGCCACAUAACACAAGGCAAGCGCCACCUGUCGGUCGUUUGCUGUCAAACGGAAGAAGAAAUUCCAGUAGCAGUGAGGAAGAGGAGCAGGGGCAGAGGAAGAAUGCUGACUCCGUCAGUGCAAAGUCUGAAGAUGUAAAGUCGGAUGUUUCCACAACCAGUGCUUCUUCUCAUCAAACAUCUCUUGCGUCUCAGAAGAACAGUGACAGCAGGCCGGAGACACAAACAUCAACAAGUAGCAUGAAUGAUUUAACAAAUGGGCAGAAACAAAAGAGGGACAGCAGGAGUCAGAUGCUGCCUCCCCGCUCGUCUCCCACCGAGAGCAGCACCGAGCGAUCUCCAGAUGACAGUGAAGAUGGAGACUCCAGCCAAAUGAAGUUGGAGAAAGUGAAAUUGAACAACUGCGCUGGGACAAAUUCACCACCAGUUCAGAGAGCUGUGGGCUCACCAGAAUACAUGAAGACAAACCGGAGCCUCAAGAGACUGUGGGGGAAACUUCGAAGGACUAAUUCCGGAGGAGUCCAGGCAGCGGACCCAGAUUCUGGUCCUUUUACAAGAGGAGGUUUCCGUGCCACAGCAGGAGCCAGACUGACUCGUACCCCUGAGUCUCAAGAGUCUGCAUGUGACAUGAAUCUGCCGUUCAGCCAGUGGAGCAGAGAGCAGGUCUGCAACUGGUUGGAGGACUUCGGACUGGGCCAGUAUGUCAACCUUACUAGGCAGUGGGUUGAAAGUGGCCAGACACUAAUUGCUGCUACACCUCAGGAUCUUGAGAAGGAGAUGGGAAUGAGGCACCCUCUGCACAGAAAAAAACUGCAGUUGGCAUUGAGGGCGUUUACCACUAAAGUGACAGAGAAGUCAGCAGACCUGGACCACAUCUGGGUCACUCGAUGGCUGGAUGAUAUUGGCUUGCCUCAGUAUAAAGACCAGUUCCAUGAAGCCCGUGUUGACGGACGCAUGAUACAAUACCUCACAGUGAAUGACCUCUUGAGCCUGAAGGUGACGAGUCAGCUUCAUCAUCUCAGCAUUAAAUGUGCCAUCCAUGUCCUCCAUGCAAACAAGUUCAACCCCCAUUGCCUACGUCGCAGGCCUGGGGAAGAGAAGCAGCCUUCUCCCUCAGAGGUGGUGCAGUGGUCAAAUCAUCGUGUCAUGGAAUGGCUUCGAGCUGUUGAUCUUGCAGAGUAUGCGCCUAACCUUCGGGGCAGUGGCGUACAUGGUGGGCUGAUUAUCCUGGAGCCUCGCUUCAGCCCGGAGACUUUGGCCCUGCUGCUAAAUAUUCCUCCACAGAAGACAUUACUACGACGCCACCUGGCCUCAGCAUUCGCGACCCUGGUGGGAGCUCAGGCCACACAGGAGAAGAAAGAGUACGGCAAUGCUACAGGCCAUGUUCCACUCACUACCACAGCUAAAGUGAAGCCCAAGAAACUUGGCUUCACCCAAUUCAGUCACCUCAGGAAGAGGAAACCUGACGACUCAGCAGACUACAUCUGCCCAAUAGAAGGAGGAGCUCUGAGUUUCAAAGGGUUUUCUCGCCUGCCCUCCGCAGCGCUCAAGAGCAUCAGCCCCAACUUGGACAGACAGCCCAAAAAGCAGGAGCCCGGGGAGGGGAAGAUGUGGCUGACCCCCAACUACUAAGAAAUACAGUGUUCAACUUGACAACAGACGUGCCUGAAAAGAGCUUUUUGCUGGAUGCUAUGAAAUCCAAAUAAUGUAUUUAUGAAUCACAUACUUUUGAUGAAUGUGAGAAAUGUUAAGUGAAAGCUGCUCUUUGCAUUCCUUUUAUUAUUCCAAAGCUUCCCUUUGCCACUUUGUAGGUUUGUAUCUGAUAUAUAGAUAUAGAUCAAUGUAUGUAUAUAUUUAGAUGACAUGGUGCUCUUUUAUUACUCAACACUAUUACAUACUGACUUCUUCUCAUUCACAUGCACAUGCAAAUGAUGCCGUCUUCUCCUAAGUCCAGUCAUCAUGCUUCCUUGUUCUUUUUUCAGGUUCACAGUUUCACGAGUCUUGCUAAAGUCCAGUUGUCUCAAUCAUGCAGAUACUAUGUUUAUCUUGUGUAC